CCAAAAUGGCGGCACAAAAGGCACUGCGAGGUGUCGAGAAGAAACGCAAAUCAAAAAAGAGAAAGUCAAGGACAGAAGUCUCAUCCUCAGAAUCGUCCAGCGAAAGCGAGGUAGAACAGAAGAAGAGCAGGAGAAGCCCAUCGAGUGAGGAAGAGUCCUUGGAUUCUACCCCCGAACCCACACCAAAACUCGCCAAGAAAGAGAAGAAGCCAGCCUCAAAGACUACAAAUGAUGAUAUCCCCAUGCGCGAUGCUUCCUCCUCUCCAGCCCCAGCACCAGUCCCCGCGCCCAAAUCCAAGGUAGCCCCAGAAAGAGAAGACGCAGAAUUCGACGCAAUUUAUAUCCGCAAGAUCACCACCGAGCUAGCGGACGAUCUGGACAAAGUGCGCGAAGCCCAGGACUUCAAGGCGAAUAGUGUUCCGAUGCUUAUUCAUGCGUUGAAGCAGGGUGAGAGUUUGUUUUCGCGUGAGGAGAAGAGGAGGGUUGUUGCUACAUCGAAAGCGUGAUGGGGUGUGGUUGAUGGGGUUGCAUGGGUGGAGUUUUGGAGUUUGAUCAGGAUGUGUUAUUGAUUUGAAGGUUGUAUACAAUAC